GAGGACCGCGUCGGAGACGCGUACGUCGGUAACGACGAGGUGUCCCUCGACGUCGCGGACGCAAAUGACUGCGUCGACAUCGACGGUUCGCAGACGCACGCCGUCUCCCAGGCAUCUCGUGUCUUCGGUGGCGAGCGAAUGGUGGCAAACGAGCCUGUCCCAGGGCUGCGCGCCGCGCUGCGGGAGGUGGGCCUCGCCGCCCACGCCUGCGCCGCGGAGGCGUGGUGCCAGGAGCGGGGCGCCGCGUUCAUCUCAGAGCUGCUGGCGCACUUCGGGGACCUCAGUGUUGCGCUGGGCCACGCGGAGGGGCAGGGGGUGUAGAGUUCUGGACGCUUCGCGUCACCCCGCCAGCUCCUCCAGGAACGAU